AUGGCAAGCACUCGUGAUUCCCAUUCAUUUGCAUGUGAUGAAUGCCGCUUGCGCAAAUCAAGAUGCUCUAAAGAGCGUCCAGUCUGCAUGCAAUGCAGACAGCUGAACAAGGAAUGCAUAUACAGCCCUAAAGUCAGCAGAAGUCCUUUGACUAGGCAACAUUUGACCUAUGUUGAAGAUCGCCUCCACUCAUUUGAAACAGCAUUAGGAAGGCUGUUUCCAGGUGGUGAUUUGGAUGCCACCCUUCGAUCUCUUCUUCAGAACCCGGAGCCCCCCCGAGCUCCCUCAUCCAAGUCCUCUUCAAGGCACUCAACCCCGGCCAAGCAUGAACCAGAGCGGGCUGAACCAGCACCGGAAGCUCUCCCCCAACAAGCCGAUGGCUUUGACUGGGCCGAGAAAGAAAUUACCCUUGGUGAUUUGACUGACGGCAUGGCUGCAUUGUCCAUUAAACCCGAAGGAGCUGGCUACUUUGGUGCUUCUUCAAGUGUUGUACCACUGCGAGCACUUUUUGAUCAUGGAUUUGAUCUCAAUAUACCUGUUCAGUCGGCUAGGUCCGGGGGUAUACCCCUCAAAGCGCAGCUGCUCGAAAGUGCCCCAUCUGGACUUAUCGAACAAGCUUUCAUCGACGCAUAUUUCCUUAACUAUCACACUAGCUAUCCAUUCGUUCACGAGCCUACAUUCAGGGCACAAUUCAAUGAGCCAUCUUUGCGCCCACAUGGGACAGCUUGGCACAUUCUCCUCAACACCAUCCUAGCUCUUGGAGCAUGGAGCAUUGGCGAUGACAGCUCAGACCUUGACAUCACAUUCUACCAAGAAGCCAGAGGCUACUUACAGCAAGCAUCUGUUUUUGAGACUGGUAACUUAACACUGGUCCAGGGACUAUUGUUGCUGAGCAACUAUGCCCAGAAACGGAACAAGCCCAACACCGGAUGGAACUACCUUGGUCUGGCUGUCCGCAUGGCCAUGAGUUUGGGUCUUCACAAAGAGUUCCCUGGCUGGAAAAUUAGCCUGUUGCAAAGAGAGAUUCGAAGAAGAUUGUGGUGGGGAGUAUUCAUUUUUGACAGUGGUGCCGCCAAGACCUUUGGGCGGCCAAUUCUUCUUCCAGAGGCCUGCGUUAUGGAUGCAAAGCAGGUCCUCAAUAUCCAAGAUGAUGCUUUGACCCCUACAACAACCACUCUCCCCAUGGAAUGCUCCGGCCCAACUAUCUACUCCGGGUUGAUCGCUCAAUCCCGCUUCCACCUCCUCACCAAUAGCGUGUACCAGCGCCUCAUAUCGAGCCCUAGUCUCACACCGGAGGAUACUCUCAACCUACAAAAGCCGAUUGAAGAGUGGUAUAACGAUCUUCCAUCAUACCUAAAACACCCCCAACUGUCUCUCUCAGUGCAGCCCGCCCCUUCUGACCCCGACUUCGCACUCGUUCGGAAUAGGUUGCUAUGGCGGAACUGGAAUCUUACCAUCUUAAUCUACAGACCGAUUCUUCUGCGCUGGGCAGCCCGACGCUGGGCACCCCACACUAGCAGUAGUCCAGGGACGUCGGAAAUAGGAGGCGAAGAUCCUUGCGAGACAGAAUGCCGAAUGCGCUGUCUCCAGAAUGCUCGGUUAACCAUCUCUUCUAUCUCUGAGUAUAUGGAAAACUACAUCUGUACUCGACUAGGAGCAUGGUACAUGCUCUACUUCCUCUUCCAAGCCGGCCUAAUUCCAGUCGUCCUCCUAAUGACAGACCCAUCAAACCCAGAAGCCGCCUCCUGGGUGCAAGACAUUGAAACCACAAAGGCCCUCCUAACCCACCCAUCUCUCGGCACCAACCGCUUCGCAACCCGCUGCUACGAAGUAAUCAACCGACUUCUCGGCCCCUCAGCCCCCUCCGCCCCCGGCAUCCUACCAGAAGGAGCCCAGCAGCACGAGGACCAGAAACCUCCUUUCCAAAUGAUGCCCCAACAACAGCAGAAUUUCGUGCCGUUCCCAGGACAGCUGUUUAGUGAUCCCAGCUUCGGUGGGAGUUUAUUCCCCGUCGAACAGCAGAUGCAGAUGCAUAGUCCCGCCGGAAUGGACUUUUCAGAGUGGGUGAAUUUCCCGUCAGCAGAAUGA